AUGUCCUCCCAAUCCAACGUGGGCAACAGUCAAGUCUACGAGGCCGGCGACCAGCGCAACGUCUCCAAAGAAGACGAGGAACAAAUCCAACGCUUCCACGAGGGCCAGGACAACGCCCACAAGGCCAACGACGCCAAGGACGAGCGCACCAUCGCCAACAAGCUCGAGCGCGAAACGCAGCGGGAGAAGGAGAAGGACGAGCCGAAGACGGAGCACGAGGCGGCGCACAAGAUCGAUGCCACGCUGCCGGCGAAGCUGAAGGGCAACAAGCCGUCGCGGGGCGCGGAGAUUGACCAAGAGCUUCGCGAGGAGGAGGAGGCGAUCCUCAAGAAGAAGGGGGAUUUUGGGCCGAAUGUGAACUGA